AUGCGCCAAUUUACAAAACAGAGAAGAAGAGAAGAGAAAAAAAGGAAAUACUUGCAGUACAUGAAGACAUUGCGCUCUCAGAUGAACGAUGUGGAAGAUCAAGCUGCAAAGGUCUCAGUGGAAGAGCAAAUGCAGUUGACCACCAUUCAGACAUUGGAGAACGAUCUCAAUUCUGCAAUAUCAGAAAUAAAACGAUUCAUGGAAGACAUUGAGCAGAUGAAAAAUGCCAAGGGUCAAGUAUGCUCACUAAUUUUGGAAAAGCAGAGAAAGAUAGCUUCUUUGGAGGCUGAUUCGUCCACCCUGAUCCAGACUCUGGAGCUUAUCGAACAAGAAAGAAUCAACUUAUCUUCCAAGCUUAUAGAAAAGAGCACUCACUACAUGAAGGUUAGAGAGGAUGUCAAUGCCAAAUUGCAGCUGCAACAGGAUUGGGUCUAUUCUCACUGCACUCACAUGGAACCGGGAGAGCAUGGAAUGGUUAAGGAUAGAUUUGAUGAGAAAGAGUUUCAAGGGAAGGCUAGUUUUGAUAACCACCUCAGCAUGGACAACCAGGGCAAUGAUGCAAGGAAGAACCUAAUGAACAUGUUGGACUCUGCUAAAGCCAAGCUUGAUGAUAUUUUACAAAUGAACUCUGAACUUGUUAUCGAGAACUGCAAGAUGAAGCAGGCUAUUGAGCAAGUAAAUUUGAGGGAAAGUGAUUUUAAGCCAGAGCUAAGGGCAAUGGAUAUAAAGACCCUGGAAGAAGAAUACGAUGCUCUUCUAUCAGACAAAGCUGGAGAAACUGAGUACUUGAAGACUCUGCAGGACCAAAUUGAGAAACUGAGGGGAAUAUCUCAUGUGGUUAUAUGCACUUGCGGAGAGGAAUACAAAGUGGAAGUGGGCAUCUGUGCAUAAAAAAAAAACUUGAAACAGACGCAUGAAUUGCGGAAGAUGGAAGUCUGAGAAUGAAAUCAUCAGUUGGCUAAUGGCUAGAGCCUAGAAUACUUGGCCUGCUUUUCAGGUAACUGUUCAAACAAGAACCGAAACCAAAUCUAGUUCCUUUCUUGCAACAGGGACAUAAUGAUAUUUGAUUUAGUUGUUGGUAUGGUGCAAGUUGAAAUUAAUGUCUUUUUGUGCAUUGGCAUUGGUUAAAGUUGUACAAAUUUCCAUCACAAACACUAUACAAUAAGUGAAAAUGUCUUUGUGUAAGUGAGAAAUUAGUUCUCUUGGAUAUACACUAAUGGAAAAAUGUCUUUGACAUUCACCUA